GGAUGGGAUGAGGGAGUGGCACAGCUAAGUGUCGGUCAGAGAGCUAAGCUGACAUGUUCUCCAGACUAUGCGUAUGAGAAGAUGGCCAUCCUGGCGUUAUUCCUCCUAAUGCAACUCUCAUGUUUGACGUGGAGCUACUGGGACUGGAGUGAAUGAUGGAUCCCAAGAUUUGUGCAUGCAAGAUUUUUUUAAUACUGUCUCUGUAUUUGAUUAGAUGGCAGAAAAUCA